GAAAACAUAAACAGUCUACACGUUACAAAUUAAAUAGGUUUGUUUUCCCACCUUGGUUGUACUUUACACUUAAAUUAUACGCAAUUAUUUUGAAAAGUUCAGGAACCGGCAAACUGAAGAGUCCCCAUGUGCCCAUGUUGUGGAAGUAAAGCGCUAUAGUCAGUGUGUUGGGUAGUUUGAGGUACCUAAAGAUUUCAGUUGUGAAACUUCAGCAAGGCAUUCAAAAGGAAACCGGAUGGCUUCUGCAGACAUUGAUCAGCUUACAGAGGCUCUGGCCAAGACUCAUGUUGGGGAAGAGCUCAGCUACAAGGGUCAGGGACUGAAGCUGAAUGAUACACAGUCAGUGGAAAAGAUCGUGCGGGAGAUAGAACAGUUCCAGGGGCUGAAGGCUUUGCGGCUUGAAGGAAAUACCGUUGGCGUUGAAGCAGCACAGGCCAUCUCGAAGGCUCUUGAGUCCAAAAAAGAUCUGCAGCGAUGCUACUGGAGUGACAUGUUUACAGGUCGCCUUCGCUCUGAAAUUCCAUCUGCCUUGAAAUCAUUGGGCAGUGCUUUAAUGAUGUCAGGGGCCAAGCUUACUGAACUGGACCUGAGUGACAACGCGUUUGGACCUGAUGGUGUGAAGGGCAUUGAGGCCCUCCUCAAGAGCUCUGUGUGCUACACUCUACAGGAACUCAAGCUGAAUAAUUGUGGCAUGGGCAUUGGAGGAGGAAAAAUAUUGGCCUCUGCAUUGAUUGAGUGCUACAAGCAGUCAAGCGCUGCAGGCUCACCUCUAAAGCUAAAAGUCUUCAUAGCAGGAAGGAAUCGACUUGAGAAUCAUGGUGCCACUGCACUGUCUCAAGCAUUUAAGUUGAUUGGAAGCCUUGAAGAGAUUCACAUGCCACAGAAUGGGAUCAACCAUCCAGGCAUCACAGCUCUGGCCACUGCAGUGCAACACAACCCCAAUCUGCGUGUGCUUAACCUCAAUGACAAUACCUUUACCAAGAGAGGUGCAGUAGCCAUGGCCCAGGCCCUCAGGCACUUGUGCAGUGUACAGGUCAUUAAUUUUGGAGACUGUCUGGUGCGCUCUGAAGGUGCCAUUGCCAUUGCAGCAGCACUAAGAGGACUACCUGUUCUUAAGGAGCUGAAUCUGUCGUUUGGAGAGAUUUCUGAAGCUGCAGCUCUGGUUGUUACCCGGGCUGUACGGGACAAAGCUGAUCUGGAGAAACUAGAGCUCAAUGGAAACUGCUUGGGGGAAGAUGGCUGUGAGGCUCUCAAAGAGGCCAUGGAAAAUAUGGGGAUGGGGGAUGUGCUUGGCUCGCUCAGCGAUGAUGAAGGGGAAGAUGAGGAAGAUGAAGGCGACGAGGAAGAUGAAGGCGACGAGGAAGAUGAAGGCGACGAGGAGGAUGAAGGCGACGAGGAAGAUGAAGACGAGGAUACAGAGGAAAUGGAGGAAAAUGAGAAGAACUGUAUCAAUGGGCUAAAAGAUGAAUGUAAUGUUGAAGAAAGCCCAGCAAAGGUGCCAUUAGGCAGUGCUGAUUUCUUGUCCUUCCUUCAGACCCCAACUUCUGAGAAACUGCUUGACCUUGGUGCCAAGAGAGUUCAGCUGUUUGAGCAACAAGUGGAUUUUUCAGAUGCUACUAAAAUUGCAGACCUUUUCCUUCAGCUGUCUUCUGUGUAUAAAGAAGACGCAGAAGUGAAGCAAGCUGUUCUUGAGAUUUCUGAUGCCCUGUUGAAGAAGGCACUUUCCAGCCUUCAGUUUCAGACCUACAGUUUUACCACUUCACUGCUGUUGAAAUUGGGGCUUUUAAAGGGUGAAAAGAAAGCCAAGAAAGUGUGCGUCUUGCCUGGUCACCUACUUACUCUGAAGCACUGUGUCGAGCAGGACUACUUCCCUGUGGAUCAGGCCAAUGUUCUAGAAGUGUUUGUGUCUCGAAACGGCAAAGUCUUAGCAUCGUGUCCCAAUGCUAGGGAUGACCUUAAAGCUACACUGGAGAAAAGGAUCUCUGCCUAGGAGGACUCUCAGCACAGGGCCAAUGAGGGGACCAGAAAUGCUUAUAAGGACUUAUUGUUGUGUGUUUGCAUCCAAGUCAUCAGUUUUCUUUAGCUGGAGCAUUAGAAAUUCGACCAUAGUGAGUCCUUGUAGACUAAAAUGUAUAAAAUACAUUGCAAACCACUGCCUUAUUGUUUCAAACAACAAAACUUGAGUAGCUUUGAAAAGAAAUGUGAUUCUACUGAGGUUUGACUUUCAUUCACAGAUUCAGUCUUGGCUUCCUGAAUAACAGCCCAAUUGCUGUUAAAGAGCUUUUUAGAUGAUAUUUGAAGAUGAACUGUUGCUGAUAUUCCUAUCUUAUGUGUCAUAACUUCAACUGAUGCAGUAACAGUGCACCAACUAUUCAUUAUUUCUUCAACUUGGAAUACAAUUGAUUUUCCACCGAACCUGCUUAUUGACUUAAACAUGCAAUAUCCACAAACGUACUAUUAGACAGAGUCUGUAGAAUGGAACAAAAAUAAACCAGGAAAUUAUUUUUUACUAUUGACCUAUUUUCGUAUAUAAAUACAAAACAUGAUAAAAAAAAAAAAGUUUUGGACAAGGGCUUUGUAGUUACUUUUUUUCUAGCUCAUGUACAGUAAUGGUGAUGUAAUUUCAGAGAUGUGAAAAUACCUUUACACACUGAUUUAUUUGACAAGCAGUGUCACAUUUAAAAUGAAGUGAUGUAGAUUUGGUGUUAAAUCUUUAGGGAACAGCUAGUAAAAGGGAACAGAAUAAAAGACGAAAAAUAUACCUCAAUACAUUUCUGUUUGUACGUUUAUUAUCCUCAGUGUGCGCUAAUGUUUUUGUAUUCACAUUAAACUGAUGAACUUGUUUUGUGAGGAAAGGA